AUGAGGGACCUGUUUGGCACGAAUCAGAAUCAGGCCUACUGGGCGGAGCGCCUCCAGAAAGAGGCAGUUGCCAGGGCCACCUGGAAUCUGCGUUAUGGCCACAAAUACCUGAAAGAGGGCAGGGCCCGGGAGCAGCACCCAAGGGCCCCCGGCAGGACAGCCUUGAGCGUUGACCCAGGGUCUGCAACUGGCUUCUCUGUCAGCACAGGGGUGCAGAUAAGCCAACUGGAGACCCAGGGGAACCAGGACUCAUUCAGGCCUAAGAGCGUGGAGAGCACUCUCUCCAAUGGAGACAGAGCGUGCCAGGCCAAAGACGUGGCCAUCCAGAACAAGCCAGAGGCCUUGGACAUGAGGAAGCCCCCCCGAGACACCCUUAAACUUCUCUACCAGGGCAUCUCCCAUGAUGGCCAAGGCCGGGCCCAAUACCUCCAGGAACGGCAUCAGCAGUCGCCGAGGGAGAAAUUCCCGUACCCAAUCCUGUCUUCCUGGGAGUAUGGCUGGCACUUGGGGGAUAUCAUGAAGAACUACAGGACACCAGCUUAUGCCAGAGUCCAGCCUAUCUCUAAGGUGUUCUACACAAAAAACAGCAUCUUCCACAUUCCGCGGCGGAAAGACCAGCUCAUGUGAACAUGUGCUGGGAGCAGCCUCAAUGGAUUCAUGCCCAGGAUCUGUGUGAACCAGCCAGGGAGAGAUGCAGCCAGCCCGCCCUACCUCACCUGGGUGCUCUGCUGUCACCACCUCCCCGGUUGAGAGUGAUGGACAGAGCGGCCACUGGCAUUCACAUCUGGAGAACGCAGUUGACCAGCACUGGGGCUCUUGUCUGUGCACACAGAGCUCCCUCCUUGCAAAGCUAUCUCCAUGAUACUCUCACUAGCAAGGGAGUGGGCCUUAGUGCUCCUUUCCUGGGGUGAAAUCAUGUGGCUCCUGAUACUCCUUCAGCAGGCCUGGACAAGGGAAGGCCUUGCUGAGUCCUCAUGGUACGAAGCAGAGUGUUUAUCUCCCUGUUUCUGGUCCCUCUACGUUCCCCUGAAGGAAUCCAGCAGAGUUGCUGGGUCACAAUGAUGCCACAGUUUGGGGAAGGCCUUGCCAUUGCUGCUCCCCCCCCACACCUCAGAGCCUGCAAUGGUCAGACAUCCCUCGCAUUACUUGCUGUAACAA